AUGUACUGGCCGAUUGGAGCGCCUCGAAUAUACGCAGCAAGCAGCAGCGCCGCAUCUAAAGAUCAUAUUAUUCAGACGGACGAUGACGCGGAGUCUCGGGAACCUACAGAAGGCAGCGGAUCUCUGCUAAAUGUGCCGAACGAUGAAACCGAGGAGAAUGCUGAUGACGAUCAAGAGUUUACUUCUGGUUUAUCGACCCCCAUAACACCUAUCACACCGGGUAUAAAGCCAGUCGAACACGACACUCACACUCGACCUUCGAACAGAUCAUCCCUUACCGAUGCAUCUUACUUCCCUGGUAGUCGACCAGAAAACGAUCCGCUGCUGGCAUUGAGAAUAUCCCGAAGUGGCCAUCUUUUCGCGGCUAUAACAUCCACCACCCUUACAAUAUGGCAGACAAAGCCUACUGCCAUAUUGGCCGUUGUGGUUCGAUCCCAUAAAUCUCUUGCUACAUACGGAUCGAAUAUUUCCCUUCUUCUCAGACCUGAUUCCAUGAUAUUCGUCGUUCAGACAACAAAUGGGUUUCUAAUAACUUACACUUUAGCCACUGAUCCCGAAUCCAGAGUCUUCAAGCCACACUUUGACAGUCACACAAAUCGCAGACAAAGUAAUUUCAGUGGUCAUAGGAGCCAGGGUGGAGAUAGAAUUCUUUGGGGGCCAGGGGAAGGAGGUGGUGUCAGAGACGUGAGCGUAAAGUUUCGUAUGGUCAUCAAGGUUGAUGCAGGUAUCGGCAAUGCUUUAGCAUUAGAUGAUGAAUUAGUCGUCGCAACAAAGAAGCCAGGAGCAGUACAGUGUAUCAGAUGGACUCCAGACAGUACAGGCAACCAAACAAGCACAGAAAUUUUUAGCCGGAUGGAAUGGCUAGCCAAGAAAGCCAGUGUAACUGAAAUGGUGUAUGAUAGACCGAUGAAUUUGUCUACUUGGAUCACCAGUGAUGGUCGGGCGUAUGCAGUACAGCGUCAUACCCGGCACAAAGAUUCAGACGGGCACCGGAAAUUGUUCAGAGGCUAUUGCUUUCAUAUACCUACAAAUGAAGACAACAAUGCAAUCAGAUCAGCUAUCAAUGCCAGAUUCUCCCUAAUCGCCGUUGGUUGUAAUGAUGGAACCAUACAAGUCUUCACCGCUAAGGAUUAUGUCGGCAAUGUACCGCCUUCACACACUCAUCGUCUGUCAGUUUCCCGACAAUCCUCUGGUCAAUUGACUUGUCUCAGCUAUUCUCCCGACGGAUAUAGCCUUUUCGCAGGAUAUGAAAACGGUUGGGCAAUGUGGAGUGUGUUUGGCAAACCAGGAGCAAAUAGUUUUGGAUCAGACAGAAGGAUAUGCGAAGAAAACAAUGAAGGCUGGCUGGUUGGUGUUAAAGAGGCUGUAUGGGUUGGUGGCGGGACCGAGAUCCUUCUGAUUAGCCAGCGAGACAAUCGACUCUGGACUUUAGAGAUGGCGCGUAGUGCUAUUACUGGAUGCUAUGCCUCUGCAAAUAUAUCUCGCACUUUACUCCAAACUACCUCGAAUAUAAUGGUUUAUCGAGGUUAUGAUAUGCCUGACCUUACCACUAUAUCGGCAGAAUCGUCUUUGUGGCACAAUGCUCAGAUACCUUCCAGUUAUCUUGUGGAUCAAUGGCCCAUUCGUUGUUCUGUCAUAUCGUCGGAUGGCAGAUACGUCGCAGUAGCAGGCCGGCGUGGACUCGCACAUUACAGUGUUAACAGUGGUCGAUGGAAGACAUUUGUCAAUGAAAAUAUGGAGAACGAAUUCCAGGUACGAGGAGGUAUGUGUUGGCACCAACACAUAUUAGUUGCUGCUGUAGAAGCUGGAGAUUCUUUCGAGUUGCGUUUAUUCUCACGUGAGGCUCCCCUCGACAAUACCGCUAUGUUACAUGUUGAGUACUUGCCAGCGCCGGUGGUUCUAAUUGCUCCUUCUGGGGAAGACUCUCUACUCGUUUAUACGUAUGACAAUUUACUGUAUCACUACAUCUUUGCCACAACAAAUGGCGUAGUGAAGCUUGUGCAAGUUGGGCAGAUAGCGUUUCAUGGUAUCGUCAGAUCCCCAGCUAGAGUAAGAGGCCUAAGCUGGAUUUUACCGGAUGAACAGAUACUAGAAGGAGACCCGUCACAAGACGUGGCGGUUGCAACUGUGCUAUUCUUGGUUGAUGGCAAACUUGUAUUAUUACAACCAUCACUCAACGACGAACGCAAACUCAAAUACGAUAUGAGAGUCAUUGCACAAAAUAUCGAAUUCUAUGCCCUUAUGAGAGAUCAACCAUUAGCGAAUCCGCCCAGAAAUACUGCGUCCACCGAGGAAUUGGGAGACCAUGGGCAAGGCAAUGGAUUGCGAGAUGCGCUUUGGUUCUUUGAAGGCAAUGAAUUAAAAGUAUGGCCUGAGGUUCAGGACGUCCUCCGCUCUGCCCCGUCUGAAUUAGGUCGCGAACUUCCCUCCACGGUAUCCAUACCUAUUGAUUUCUAUCCUUUGUCGGUUUUACUAGGUAAAGGUAUCCUUCUAGGGCUUGAAUCUGAUCUGGUUCAGCGUCGUGAUGUGAAUUUUGCUUUUUUCAAAUUCACAAUCAGGACUCAUUUAUUUAUCCCACAAGUCCUGCGCUUCCAUUUAUCUCGAUUCGAUUCUUCUGCAGCUUUACAUCUAGCUCAUCAGUAUCAAGGUCUUGAAUACUUUGCGCACUCACUUGAAAUUCUAUUACAUAAUGUCCUCGAUGAAGAAGUAGAUACGCCACCGUCACCUGAAGCAGCUUUACUGCCAGGUGUGCUAUCAUUUUUAUCCUCGUUCCCUCAAUACUUGGAUAUCGUUGUACAGUGUACUCGUAAAACGGAAGUGAGGUCAUGGCGGACACUAUUUACCUAUUUACCACCGCCACAAGAACUAUUCGAGGAAUCGUUGCAACGAGGAUCUUUGAAGACGGCGGGCGGAUACUUGCUGAUCCUUCAUACUUUCGAAGAAUUGAGUUCAAGCUCAGAACAACUUGUUCGUUUGCUUUCUCGUGCGAAAGACGAAGAGGAUUGGGAAUUGUGCAAAGAACUUGCACGGUUCCUAACGGCUCUUGACGAAACUGGAGCUACAUUGAUGGAGGCAUUGGAAAUGGUCAGCCUUAGAAGCCCUAAUACCGACCGAGAAGCGACGAGUUUUAUGUUUGAAGGUACAAAAUUAAAGGUUCCUCGUCCAAUUAAAGAAUCCAACGUUGACGGAAACGACGGCAAUGGUGAAUCCAGUCCUGGGAUGUCUCAAGGGAGUAGUGAGGCGGACUAUUUUACCUCCCGCCACUAG